GGCCUGAAGCCACUGGCGGCCAGAAGAGAGACAGUGGCGUUACCCCCUAACCACAAGUCCCUCCCCACCCCGGGCACUAUGGCUUGGGGGCUGGCCUAUGCCCUCCUCUCCACUUCACACGGCACCCCCCGCCCCCCCCUCUGGCGUGAGAAUGCCCUGAGCUGAGCGCAGGGCCAGACAAUGCCCAGGCGUCUCCCCAACCCCGGGGCCCAGCAGAUGGCGUUCAAGGGGCUCCCCGGCGACGGCGCUCGCGGAAGGGGAGGCCCGCUGCUGCCCAGCCUGCCCCUGCCGCAGCUCCGCAAGGUCUCGGGCGCGGGGGUCCCCGACAGCUGGAGGGCCUCGGGGGUAGGCGGCGGCGGGUGGUGGCCGAGCGGGUCCUCGUACCCGGAGAUGGGCGUGGGCGUCAGGAGCCCCUCGCUGCGCCUGCCAGCCCUGCCCACCGCGGCCCAGCGGGCGGCGCAGAACCGGACAAAGCUGAGGUCACUCCUGCUGCCGCCCCCGCUCCUGGCCAGGGCGCCCCGGGAACCCGCGCCCCCGCGCGCCAGGCCGGGGGAGAGCGAGGAUCCCUGGCGGGGCGCGGCCUGGGAGGCCCCGGAUUCGCUGCGCGGUCUCCUAGGAGAGCUCCUCCCCAGCAGGGUCCGCGAGUUCCUGCACCAGCGGCGGGCAGAGCGCGCAGGGCCGCCGCCGGUUGAGGAAACCGAGGCCCAAGGCCAUAUAACUAGGGAGAGCCUCGUAAGGACCGUCCCCAAGCAAAGGCUCAUGGCUAUCUCCACCUCCUCCUGGCUAGCAUCCUCAGCAUCACGACCCAAAAGGAGUGUGUCAGAGCAAUGCCACAAUUCUCCCCAGUGUCCCCACUGUUCUUUCCUUCCAGACCUGAGGGGCCAGUCAUCAUACUUCCAGGAUAGUCUUAAGAAGAUUUUGCUCCAUCAGAUACCUGCCGCGGGGACCCUGAGGAAAGAUCGUUCACAAUUCACCCUCAAGAAAGGCAACCACAGGUCCCACAAUAUACAGGCUCCUAAGCUCAAGACUGUGCUCACCCACAGCUCCUCAGGGGAAGACUCAGGGCGGUGCAGGCGGUUUUGCCCCUUCCGAGUGCGAUUUGCUGAUGAAACCCUGCGGGACACAGCACUCCGCUACUGGGAGCGCAACUGUGCAGUCCGGCAGAGCAACAUCGAGAAUGGGAUAGCCACCCGAUCAUCGACAUCAGAACGGGUGUCCGGGAGUGUCGGGAGAUGGCUGGAGAGUUUGCCCAAAGCCCUAAGCCCCAGGGCCCAGGAGGAGGCCAUGGCCAGCGUCUCGUUGUUCUGCUGGGAGUGCCCCGGCCUGCCCACCCAGGAGCCACAGAGUCACCUGUCUGAGGAUGCCUUCAUGAACAGCCUGCCCUUCAUCCCCAGGGCCAGCACACAGAGGCAGCAAGGUGACCUCAAAACCUUGCUGGACACCGACCACACUCUGGAGCCAGUGGGCAAAUCGCCCUGCUCCUGGAGCCAGAAGCUGGAAUCCUUCCUGCCCAGCUUGGUGCUGCACACAAUCCUGAAGCGAGGCCGCCCUAAGGGCUACCGGCUGCUCCUGCCCUCCACGAAGUCACAGCAGGCUCCUGGGUGAAUGGCUACUGGAGCUCCAGCCCAUGUGUGGACACGGGCCAGGGGGUGAGGAGAGGCCUCUCUUGCCCCACAAAUAAACAUGCAUUUCAAGUGG